CCUGAAAGAGCUCUUCUUCCAAGAGAAUAUUGUGUGUCAGUUUCAAAAAAAAAAAAAGAAUACUGUGUUGGCCGGUGCAUGUGUCAAGACACUGACUAGUGGGCCCAACUGUCUUGUCCAGGUAACAGGAUUACAGGAGACUGGAGAUGUGUCGAGACACUGACUAGUGGGGAAGCCCAACAAACCCCGCAGCAGCCGGCGCAGGCAAAGAUGGCGGACGUGAGCGGCAGCGGCUUCGGGGGCCGGCGACCGCCGGGGCUGCUGGCGAACGCGGCGAAGCGCAAGGACGGGUUCGUGCAGCUCUUCCUGAUGGCGGGCGUCUUCAUGAUGAGCCUGCGGUCUCUGGGCCAGAAGCACCGCCUCCGCGACCUCGACGACGACACCGCCGACCUCCGCCGCGAGCACGAGGACCUCUCUCUCCGCGCGCGAUGCCUCCAGGACGCGCUCCGCAGGGAGGCUGACGCCGACUCGUCCGGCGCCAUCGCGUCCCACCUCCGCCGCAUCUUCGCCGCUCACCCUGCGCCCGCCGCCGGCGGUGGCGGCGAGGACCAGUAGCUGGCUAACUCUUUUCUUCUCCGCGUUCUUGUUCUACGAUACGUAUAUCUAGUGACUAGCGGUGAGACUAUUGCUGCUGCCUCAAGAUCCAUGGCAGCGCACGCCAUGUGUUUGGGGAAAUGCCGCAAUGCAGCUACCUUGAGAUGUAUUGUUGAUUGAGACUUCAAACUUCUUCGCGUUUCGGAUGGAUCAAUCAAUGAUCCUUUUAUUUUACUUAACAAAUAAAAGAAAAAAAACUUGUGUGCAA